UCAACUGCCUACGAAAUGAAACCUCAAAAAUAGUAAGAGAGCUUCUUUUGGAGGGUAUGGCGGCGAUGGGUUCCCUCUCAUUUCCCAUCGUCUGCUCAUGAAACUCAAACGCCUCACUUCUCUCAAAACUCUGCUCUCGGCACCUAAAUCCAUCAUGGCGCAAACCCGAACUCUAACCCACAAUCAAAUCCUCGACACAGACCCACCACAGGAUCUCGAUAACCUACUAUGCUCCGACGGACAACCGGAGCCAGAACGACAAGAGGGACAUCCCUCUGGAACUGAUACGAUGGCGACUUGUUUGGGAAAUCCGGGUCGAGUCCUCAGUGGGGAGUCCCGGGUCGAGAGAGCGUGGGCUCACUGGGAGAAACUUGGUAGACCCAAGUUGAUAGUUGCUCCGAUGGUGGAUAAUUCGGAGCUACCGUUUAGAAUGCUUUGCAGGAAGUAUGGAGCCCAGGCGGCGUACACCCCUAUGUUACACUCUCGUAUUUUCUCUGAAAACGAAAAGUACCGGGGCCAAGAAUUUACUACUUGUAGGGAAGAUCGGCCAUUGUUUGUCCAGUUUUGUGCCAAUGAUCCAGAAGUAUUGUUGGAUGCUGCACGAAGAGUGGAGCCUUUUUGUGACUACGUUGAUAUAAACUUGGGGUGUCCUCAGCGUAUUGCGAGGAGGGGAAACUAUGGAGCAUUCCUAAUGGAUAAACUCACUAGUAAAUCUCUGUACAAAUUAGCUCUGAAACUUAAUGUCCCUGUCUCAUGCAAAAUCCGAAUCUUUCCUGAUUUGCAAGAUACAAUCAAUUAUGCUAGGAUGCUAGAGGAUGCUGGUUGCUCGCUACUAGCUGUACACGGCCGAACUAGAGAUGAGAAAGAUGGAAAGAAAUUUAGAGCUGAUUGGAGUGCAAUCAGGGCUGUGAAAAAUGCAGUCAGGAUCCCAGUCCUUGCAAAUGGGAACAUACGACACAUGGAUGAUGUUCAAAACUGUUUGGAGGAGACUGGUGCUGAUGGGGUGCUUUCAGCUGAGUCUCUCCUUGAGAAUCCUGCUCUGUUUGCAGGAUUCCGAACCCCAGAAUGGGUAUCAGACUGUGAAGAAAAUAGCCAAGAUGGUAAACUAGAUCAGGCAGAUCUACUUGUUGAAUAUUUGAAGCUUUGUGAAAAAUACCCUGUGCCAUGGAGAAUGAUUCGUGCUCAUGUGCACAAAAUGUUGGGAGACUGGUUUAGGAUUCAUCCAGAGGUAAGAGAGGAUCUAAAUGCUCAGUCUAGACUGACGUUUGAGUUCCUUUAUGGUCUGGUUGAUCGCCUUAGGGAGCUUGGUCUAAGAAUACCUCUUUUUAAGAAGGAUGCUCUUGCAGCAAGAAUUUCAUCAAAUGGUUUAGGUGCUUGAAUGUGGAAGAUUCUUUUUUGGGUAGGUGGAUUGCAUAUGAUUUGGUUUAUUUCUCCAAAAUUCUAGUUCGUGUUUAGCAUGAUUCGAGAAAUGUGAUACACAAUAUUGUGAAACGAAUGAUCAGAAAAAACUAUGACUCAGAGAAAGUAACACUGGUUUGUUGUACUGAUUUUUUCAGGGGGAUCUUAAUAGUCUGUAAUAUGCUAGUUAUUGUAUCAAAUUUUAAAUUAUACUGGGACAAGUUUGGUCAAACUCAGAGAUGUAAUAGCUCGGAAGGUAUUCAUAUUUUCUGCAAAAAAGACCUGUAUUUUUUUGUGGAGAAAGACAUGUAUUCCAUUGAAUAUUGAUUUGUUAUAUUAGCCUGAGAUAAAAAAUUUCUUCGAGGACA